AUGCAAUCUGUACAGCGAUCGCGUGCCUUGAUUCGUUCUGCUCCCAUUCUCAACACUCGCUUAUUAGCACAGAAUACGGCACUCAAGUCAGCAGUAUGCCAUCGUGUCCGGUUUUACAGCGGCUAUGGCUAUAAUAACGACUACGACUCCUAUGGUGCACCUACACAGUUUGGAACAGGUUCUGGUUCUGGUUGGGGAGGUGGAGAACGCAAGUCAUUACCACGAAACACUGUUGUCAAAUUCGUUCCACAACAAGAAGCAUGGAUUGUCGAGCGCAUGGGUAAAUUCCACCGCAUGCUCGAACCCGGAUUGAAUAUCUUGGUGCCGAUACUUGACCGUAUAAAGUACGUCAAGAGUCUCAAAGAAACAGCUAUUGAAGUCCCGAGCCAGAGUGCUAUUACCCAAGAUAACGUCACUCUGGAGCUUGAUGGUGUCUUGUAUUACCGUAUCAUGGACCCGUUCAAGGCUUCUUAUGGAGUAGAGGAUGCCGAAUUCGCUAUUACACAACUCGCACAAACCACCAUGCGCGCAGAGAUCGGCCAAAUGACAUUGGAUCGCACGCUGGCAGAACGAGCUCACCUGAACUCAAACAUUGUGGACGCAAUCAACUCCGCGUCUGAAGACUGGGGAAUCCAGUGUCUUCGAUAUGAGAUCCGCGAUAUUCAUCCUCCGGCAAAGGUGGUUGAGUCCAUGCAUCAACAAGUUUCUGCGGAGCGUACCAAGCGUGCACAAAUUCUUGAAUCCGAAGGUGCGCGACAAGCCGCCAUCAACGUAGCAGAGGGUCGUAAGCAAGCUACCAUCCUGGCGUCAGAAGCCGAGAAGGCUGAACAAAUCAACAAGGCAUCCGGUGAAGCCGAGGCGAUCUUGCUCCGUGCACAAGCAUCUGCAAAGGGUAUCGAAAAGGUUGCCGUCGCCAUCAGCCGGCACCGUGGUACUGAUGCGGUUUCGAUGACAGUCGCUGAAAAGUACGUGGAUGCCUUUGGAAAGAUGGCCAAGGAGGGAACGACCAUGAUUGUUCCCGCGGCUGCCAAUGACGCUGCUUCCAUGGUGGCUCAGGCUUUAUCCAUCUAUAAUACCAUUAAUAAGCCAAGAGGACGCGACGGAAACUCACCAGGACUCCCAUCUUCUGGAACGGAGAACAGUGGAAAAUCGAUCAAGGAUGAAAUGACGCAGGAUCUGAUCGAUGCUGCUGAACGUGAAUCAUCAUUCCAAGAGCCUCGUGAACCAUCAUUAUAA